CCGUUUCAAAGCCACCAAUUCGUCUGUAAAUGUUUCCCCUUCCCUCCAUUUCCUAACCCCUUUUUCUCGUAUUUUUCUCCCUUAACCUCCUGCCUUGGCGCAUAUUAACAGAAGCCUCCGCGCAUCCAUGGCCUCUCUAUCUCCGCCGUCGGCCUCCGUCCAACCGGGCCGCAUUCGGGUUCUAAAACAAGGUUCCCCCCCACCAUUGGAUCGACAUGCUGGUCCGGUUGUUUACUGGAUGUUCAGAGAGCAACGGCUGAGAGACAACUGGGCUUUGAUUCACGCUGUUGAUCAAGCGAACAAGAAUAACGUGCCUGUGGCUGUGGCUUUUAAUCUUUUUGAUCAGUUCUUGGGUGCUAAGGCGAGGCAACUGGGCUUCAUGCUAAAAGGUCUGCGUCACCUGCACAAGAGUAUGGAAGAAACUUUUCAGAUUCCAUUUUUCUUGUUUCAGGGAGAUGCUGAAGAGACUAUACCGAAAUUUGUAGAAGAAUGCGGCGCUUCAUUGUUAGUAACUGAUUUCUCACCUUUAAGGGAAAUUAGGAGAUGUAAAGACAAAAUAUGCAAGAGAGUGAGCGAUUCGGUAGCUAUACAUGAAGUUGAUGCACACAAUGUGGUACCUAUAUGGGUGGCCUCUGAGAAGUUGGAGUACAGUGCCAAGACCUUACGUGGGAAGAUCAAUAAAUUGCUUCCGGAGUACCUCAUUGAGUUUCCUUUGUUGCAACCUCAACAUACAAAAUGGCCUACCACUAGACGGUCGAUUGAUUGGGAUAGCGUUAUUGCUGAUGUUUUAAGGAAAGGGGCUGAAGUUCCUGAAAUUGAUUGGUGUCAACCUGGAGAAGAUGCAGCAAUGGAAGUAUUGAAGGGAAAUGAAGAUGGGUUUUUAACAAAGAGGCUGAAGAACUAUCCUACAGAUCGGAAUAACCCACUGAAACCCAGAGCACUUUCCUGUCUCUCUCCAUAUUUGCAUUUUGGGCAGAUAUCUGCACAGAGGUGUGCCGUGGAGGCACGUCUUGCAAGGAAACUCUGUCCUGAGCUUCUGUAUCUACCUGCUACUCUAAAGGCAAUUGAUACAUUUUUGGAGGAGCUGAUUGUGCGAAGAGAACUUGCUGAAAAUUUUUGCUUCUACCAGCCACAUUAUGAUUCAUUAAACGGGGCAUGGGAAUGGGCUCGUAAGUCCUUGAAGGACCAUGCCUCUGAUAAACGAGAGCAUAUUUACACGAAGGAGCAAUUUGAGAAGGCACAGACUGCUGAUCCUCUUUGGAAUGCUGCUCAGUUGGAGAUGGUUCACCAUGGGAAGAUGCAUGGUUUUAUGCGGAUGUAUUGGGCAAAAAAGAUUCUUGAGUGGACAAGAGGACCCGAAGAAGCCCUGGCAAUAUCAAUAUAUCUAAAUGACAAGUAUGAAAUAGAUGGGAGGGAUCCAAAUGGAUAUGUUGGCUGCAUGUGGUCAAUAUGCGGUGUUCAUGAUCAGGGCUGGAAAGAGCGACCUAUAUUUGGGAAAAUACGUUACAUGAACUAUGCAGGCUGCAAGAGGAAAUUUGAUGUUGAUGGGUACAUUUCCCUUGUGAAGAAGCUAGUAGGCCAAUCUAAGAAGAGAAAAGCAGAAACCUCUCUCACUGGAAAACCAAAGCAACUCCAUACAUAGGGAAAUUUUAAUCAACAUAAAAUCAGAAGCCUUUUAGUUUUAUGUAUUUUGAAGCUUAGGUCACUGCACUGGUUAGAUUCAGAUAAUUUUUGUGCAAUUAAUAUCCUAUCAUAUAUCCCCCAUGCAAA